GAUUUACUUCGAAUCUUUACGUUACAUCGAAGUCUACUUAUUGCAUUUAGCAUUUAACUAAUUUUAGAGUUACUGCAUUACAUACGCACAGGGAAUGAAAAGGCCAAAUGGUGAUAAUCAUCUGGCUUUCGAUAAUCGUCUAAAUGGUGAUACAACUACUCCUACAACAUCGAAAAGCUCUGAAAGCGCUAAAGACUGUAGAAAACGCAAAGCUCUUCGAAUUCAGUUUCUAGCUGAAAGUGUACGAUUACGUGAAUUGACUGUCAUGAGAAUGAAACGUGAUAUUGACAAGCUACUUGAAUUAUGUCAGCAUAUAGAUCAAGGAGAAGUCCCUACAUCACUUUUAGAAAGAUGUGGAAUAUCAUUAUAAAAAACUAAUAUAUCAUAACACUCCAUAGUCUAUAUGUCGUUCGUUAUAUUUAAAAAUCUCCAGAGAUUUCUUUAUCAUGUAAAUUUUCCUUUGAUUUGUCAGACUGUACAUGAUCUAGACCAAUUCUCUUUUGAUAUUUGCUUCAUUGUAUUCAAUAAAAAGAGCAUUUUCAGAUAAUUUCAUUCCAUUAUUAUCAUUACAAUUAUCAUUAUUAUUACUGUUGAUUUUGAGUUUGCUUUUAGAGUUGAUAAGUAUCUUUCCUAUUACUAUUAGGUUUUAAAUAUUCAUUUCUUUAUUUAUCUGAUUUUUUUCUCAUUUUCUAUGGGUUAUAUGUAUUUAAUAUCUACAGCAAAACCUUGUGUUUUUGAUGUAAUCUCCACUUACUUAAGAAGAUCAAUAAAAUUUAUG